AUACACUUGUAGCGGUCGAGGAAUUGAUGGAUCCCAUUUCAGAUUGUUAGAAAUUUUUCUGUCUUUCGAUUUGCAAUUUUUUUUGUUGUCCAUUUUACUGCGUUCUGGAGUUUUACCAUUAUCAUGACUGAAAAUUUUCAAGAUAUCAUGCAUUGCUCGGAUAGUGUUCACAAUCUUCCAAACCACCUUUUUAUCAGCUUGCUGAAUAGAAAGAGAUGGCAUUUGGCAUUCGUAAAAAUCAAUUGUUCAAGGGCCUUGCUUUCUCUCUUCAAUGAAAUUCUUGCAAAACACAACGAGAUUUCUAAUUCUAUCUUGCCUGCAUCUGCAAGUUUUCUCAUCAGUAUUGAUCAACCACGCGAAGACACCAGCUAUUUCGCCAAUGUUAAUCGGACAAUCCUCUCUAAGGUUGUCAAAGAGAAAAAUCUUGUCGAGCUCUUUAAACUUGGAGGUGCUAAAGGUAUCACCGUUUCUCUCAAAACUGACGCGAAUCGUGGAAUUGAUGGAGCAACAGAAGAUAUUUUUCUCAGACAGAAGGAGUUUGGGAGUAAUACUUACAGUAAGCCACCUACAAUGGGUUUUUUCCAUUUUAUAUUUGAAGCUUUCAAGGAUCCGACCAUCCUAAUUCUAUUGGUUUGCGCUGCCCUUUCUCUUGGAUUCGGGAUCAAAGAGAAUGGUCCAAAAGAAGGUUGGUAUGAUGGUGGAAGUAUAUUUGUUGCUGUAUUUCUUGUUAUUUCUGUCUCAGCUAUCAGCAACUUCAGGCAAAGCAGGCAGUUCGACAAGCUUUCGAAGGUGAGCAAUAAUAUCCUAAUUGAAGUUGUGAGAAAUGGAAGGAGGCAACAAUUAUCGAUAUUUGACAUUGUUGUUGGAGACAUAGUUUGUUUGAAGAUCGGCGACCAAGUACCUGCAGACGGAUUAUUUCUAGAUGGGCACUCUUUGCAAGUGGAUGAAUCUAGCAUGACAGGUGAAAGCGAUCAUGUUGAAAUCAAUCAAGAUCGAAAUCCCUUCUUGUUCUCUGGUACAAAGGUAAUUGAUGGAUAUGCUAGAAUGCUUAUUGCAUCUGUAGGAAUGAACACAAGUUGGGGAGAAAUGAUGAGUACAAUUAGCAGAGACUCAAAUGAGGAAACGCCUCUUCAAUCUCGAUUAAACAAGCUGACUUCAUCAAUAGGUAAGGUUGGUUUAGCAGUAGCUUUCCUUGUACUAGUCGUGCUAUUGGUUCGAUUCUUUACAGGCAAUACAACAGACGAAAAUGGGAAUAAAGAGUUCAAUGGAUUUGGUAAGACUACGGUCGAUGAUGUGAUCAAUGGUGUGCUGGGAAUUAUUGCUGCCGCAGUAACUAUUGUAGUUGUUGCAAUUCCAGAAGGAUUGCCGUUGGCAGUUACUCUGACUCUUGCUUAUUCAAUGAAAAGGAUGAUGUUUGACCAAGCUAUGGUGAGAAGGCUCUCUGCAUGUGAGACUAUGGGAUCUGCCACUACCAUAUGUACCGACAAAACAGGUACUCUUACUUUAAAUCAGAUGAAGACAACUAAGUUCUGGUUGGGGAAAGAAUGUGUCGAAGGGAAAAACUAUAUAUCAAUUCCGACCGAUGUUCUCGAAUUGCUGCAUCAAGGGGUCAGUCUCAACACGACAGGUAGUGUUUACGUGUCGACUGCUUUAGGGAUUGAAUUCUAUGGUAGUCCCACUGAAAAGGCCAUUCUUUCGUGGGCUGUGCUUGAAUUGAAUAUGGAUUUGGAGAAGGUCCAGCGAAAUUGUAGCAUUGUGCACGUGGAAGCAUUCAAUUCAGAGAAAAAGAGAAGUGGCAUUUUAAUGAAGAAGAAUGACGAUGACACGAUUCACGCACACUGGAAAGGAGCUGCCGAAAUGAUCCUAGCAAUGUGCUCUCAUUACUAUGAUUUGGAAGGAAAUGUGAAUCAUCUCAAUGAUUUCGAAAGGAUGAAAUUUGAUCAAAUAAUACAAGGUAUGGCUGCAAGUAGUCUUCGAUGCAUUGCAUUUGCAUAUAAGCAAGUUUUAGAGGUCGAGCAUGUCAUUCCGAGUGGACAACCAAAAAUUCAAGAUAAUGGAUUGACCCUAUUGGGCCUUGUCGGCCUGAAAGAUCCAUGUCGACCAGGUGUGAAGAAAGCCGUGGAAGAUUGUCAAUAUGCUGGUGUAAAUGUCAAAAUGAUCACUGGUGAUAAUAUUUUCACUGCAAAAGCAAUAGCCACCGAGUGUGGAAUACUCAGGCUGAAUGAAGAAAUGCGUGAUGGAUUAGUGGUCGAAGGAUUUGAAUUUCGUAACUAUACAGAAGAGGAAAGAAUGGAAAAAGUCGAUAAAAUCUGUGUGAUGGCAAGAUCAUCUCCUUUUGACAAACUUCUAAUGGUGCAAUGUCUGAAAAAGAGAGGACACGUUGUGGCAGUUACUGGUGAUGGCACAAAUGAUGCACCCGCAUUAAAGGAAGCUGAUAUAGGCCUUUCAAUGGGAAUUCAAGGCACUGAAGUGGCCAAAGAGAGUUCAGAUAUCGUCAUUUUGGAUGACAAUUUUGCUUCUCUUGCCACCGUUUUGAGAUGGGGAAGAUGUGUUUACAGCAACAUACAGAAAUUCAUCCAAUUUCAACUCACGGUGAAUGUAGCAGCACUUACAGUCAACUUUGUAGCAGCAGUUUCAGCUGGUGAGGUGCCAUUAACAGCAGUCCAGUUAUUAUGGGUGAAUCUAAUAAUGGACACAUUGGGAGCUCUAGCUCUUGCUACAGAGAAACCAACCAUGGAGCUUAUGGGAAAGCCGCCUGUGGGCCGGACUGAACCUCUUAUCACCAAUGUCAUGUGGAGAAACUUGUUAGCUCAAGCACUGUAUCAGAUAGUUGUUCUUUUGACAUUACAAUUCAAGGGAGAAUCAAUCUUUGGUGUGAGCGAAAAGGUAAACGACACAUUGAUUUUUAACACAUUCGUGCUUUGUCAAGUGUUUAACGAGUUCAAUGCGAGGAAGCUUGAGAAGAAGAACUUAUUUGAAGGGAUACACAGGAACAAGCUGUUUCUUGGGAUCAUUGGUAUAACUAUAAUUCUUCAAGUAGUAAUGGUGGAAUUUCUGAAAAAGUUUGCGGAUACAGAGAGGUUGAAUUGGAGUCAAUGGGGAUUCUGUAUAGGAAUUUCAGCUGCAUCUUGGCCUAUUGGUUGGCUCAUCAAGUGCGUACCAGUACCAGGAAAACCAAUAUUUAGUUAUGUCAAUUGGAAGAUGUUAAGUUGCAUGUAAAGCAUUCAGUACUGUUGUUUAAUCUUUUAUAAUUAGUUUUCAACAUAUUUGUAAUUUGUUCUU